AUGUCAUCGUUGCAGAUGAUACAGUGUUAUCCGCACACGGUCGAUCCUGUAGGCACUGUAGGUGGAAGGAUACCCGUGCAGUCUUCGGCCUACUUCGAUUCCGUGAACAUGCAAAACGCGCGAAACAAACGCGCGGCCUUACAAAAUUCCUGUUACCAACGAGACAUACGAUAUGUAUUUAAAUUGAAUACCUGGAUCCUCGGUUUGAUCGGUAUCUGGCCAGGUAUCGGGCGAUACGCGUCGAACAUCGCGAUCGCGUUCUUCAACUUUGUGUUGAUCUUCACGGCGGUUCCUAGUCUUCUGCACAUCAUAUAUGACCAAAAGGAUAUCAAUCUGAGGCUGAAGCUCGGCGGCCUCCUGAGCUUCUGCCUCACCGCGAUGACCAAGUACUAUAUCCUCACGAUACAUCGACCGAAGAUUUUAUACUGCAUCGGAUACGUGAAGAACGACUGGUGGCAGGUGAAGUUCAAGUCCGACCGCGAACUGAUGCUGAGGUACGCUACCACCGGUCGUAAUCUAACGAUGACCUGUGCAUUUAUCAUAUACAUCGCCGGUGUUGUUUUUUACUUAAUUCUACCGUGGUGUCAGGAGUACAAAGUCGACAAUCAAACCGUCCGGCCGCUCGUAUUCCCGACUUAUAGCGGAUUCCAUCAGUCCCAGAUUAGCCCGUUGUACGAAAUCCUGUAUUUAUCUAACUGCUUGUGCGGUUACACAAUGCUGUCGGUGACAUCUGGUACAUGCGGACUGGCCGCACUGUUUGCCACCCAUGCAUGUUCCCAGAUCCAUAUAAUCAUGACGCGAUUGGAAUACCUCUUAGACGGCAAAAACGAAAAAUUUCGCAACGUUCGACAACAGCUCACUGCAAUUGUGAAAGACCACAUUCGAAUUAUAAAAUUUACAAACGUUGUGGAGGAAAUUUUACAAGAAGUGUGUUUGGUGGAAUUUACUAGUUGCUUGUGCGUUAUCUGUUUGCUCGAAUACUACUGCAUACUGGAUUGGAAAGCGAAUGAUAAGCUUAGUCUGGUGACUUACUUUAUGUUCUUCGUUUCAUUCUGCUUCAAUAUAUACAUAUUAUGCUACAUUGGCGAACUUCUUAUGGAAAAGAGCAGCCAAAUUGGGUUGAUGUGUUAUAUGAUCAAUUGGUACGAAUUGCCGCCGAAAAUAGCUCUCGAUCUUAUAUUGAUAAUCGUCAAGUCCAGCCAUCCUAUAAAAAUAAGUGCCGGUAGAAUGGUGGAUCUCUCAUUAGCGACUUUUGGGAAUAUAUUGAAAACCACCCUGGUGCAUUUGAGCUUCCUCAGGAACUUAGUAAUGUAGAUACAACUGCAAAAUGUGAG